AUGGACGGUCAGCCUGCAACGGCUGAAUCUAAGCAUCAUUACCAGUCCCACCCCUGGUCGGGCACGUCUUCUACCUCGGCGACUCCAAGGAUAAAACCCACGUCACCGCAGGAAUCCUCGUCGAGUUACUUCAGCCCCCAGCUGGAGCUCCUCCCUAUCCUCUUCCCUCAGCAGAUCUACCAGGAUAAGCUCCUCCAGUACAACAAGCUCGUCUCGGCCGGCCGUGGCGGGGGAGGUAGUCUACAAACCCCGCCACUCCCUCCUGUGCUCUCCUCCCCGCAGCCGAAGCCCUCCACGCGUUCGCGGUCGUCUUCCAAGGUGUCGAACAAGGACAAUACCCAUACGAAACCGGCCUCGCAGAGCUGUCAUGGGAACAGAGCGGCCAAGCUAUCAGAAACCGCCGACCGCGCGCUUAUGAAAUCGGGGAAGGACCAGUCGUCCAAAAUGUCGGCCAAGAAGUCGUCCGAGCAGCCCGCGCAAGCUGCACAAGCUGUGCAACCUCCCAACCGGGAGGCGUCUGCCCGGUUACCACUCUCGUCCGGCCAGAGCGCACCUUUUGCUGCAGCCCAAUCAAGCUCGGUGCCGUCAACACCGCAUCAACAUCCUCGAAAAUUCUCGUUCGAGUCUCGCGAGCACUCACCAGGUGCCACGCAGAACCACUCGCCGCGCUCCGCCUACUCCGAGACGAACGGCAACGUGCCGUCUCUACGCCCACUUCCUCCAAGGCUUGGAGGUUGCCGCUUUGAGACGGCGGUACCCCAUUCGCGCCGCCGGAUGCCCUACAGUCUGGGGACAGACAAGCUCGAAAAGGUGGACCUGCUCAAAAUCAAGAGCAAGCUAUCAGAAGAGGAGGAGAGGAAGCUCGAAACCGAUAUGCGGGAGUUGUACGACAGGUUAUUACCGACUGAUGCGAUCGAGAUCAACCGGCGGAAGCUGGUUAGCAAACUGGAGCAACUGUUCAACAACGAGUGGCCUGGGCACGACAUCCAGGUACACCUGUUUGGCUCGUCUGGCAACCUAUUAUGUUCGGAUGAUUCUGAUGUCGACAUUUGCAUCACGACUCCCUGGCGGGAGCUGGAGAGCGUCUGCUUGAUUGCCGAUCUCCUUCAGCGACACGGCAUGGAGAAGGUUGUCUGCGUUUCCUCGGCAAAGGUGCCCAUCGUAAAGAUUUGGGACCCCGAGCUGAAGCUGGCGUGCGACAUGAACGUCAACAAUACGCUAGCUCUGGAGAACACCCGGAUGGUGCGGACGUAUGUUAGUAUUGACGACCGUGUGCGGCCUCUGGCCAUGAUCAUCAAGUACUGGACACGCAGGAGGAUCAUCAAUGAUGCAGCGUUUGGCGGGACUCUAAGCUCCUACACCUGGAUCUGCUUGAUUAUUGCAUUUCUACAGUUACGCGAGCCUCCGAUAUUGCCCGCCCUCCAUCAGCGUCAUAAUCUGAAACUGCUGAAGCAGGACGGAACGCGCAGCGAGUUUGCUGAUGACAUUCCCAAGCUGCGUGGUUUUGGCUCGAAGAACGAGGAGAGCUUGGCGUCUCUCCUCUUCCAAUUUUUCCGCUUCUAUGCCCACGAGUUUGACUACGACAAAUACGCCCUGUCAAUACGCACGGGAAAACUGUUGACCAAAACGGAAAAGAAGUGGCACAUUGGUUCAAACAACGCCCUCUGCGUCGAGGAGCCAUUUAACACAAUACGCAACCUUGGGAACACGGCUGACGACACGUCGUUUCGGGGGCUCCAUUUGGAGUUGCGGCGUGCCUUCGACAAAAUCGCCGAGGGCAAAUUUGACGAGUGCUGCGAGCAGUACGUGUUUCCCAAGGAAGAGGAGAGAAUAUGGCAGAAACCAGCGCCGGCGCCAAGACCGAUUCUCCUGAGGAGUGCCUCACAGCAGCAAGGAGCCCGCCUCCGUGGCGGGUACCGCAGCAGUCGGCAGUUCCACCGGAAUGGGAAUGCAGGUCGCCGGUCAUCGUCCAGUGUCGCUUACGAGACGAACCCUGCCUUCACGCAGACGAGCAUGCCUCCUACGGUGAAUCCCCAAGAUAUCCUCUGGUAUCAGACCCAGAGCCCUCAGCUUGGCGUGCCUCAGGAGCUUCUGACCACGUCGCUCAACGCGCUAGCGGCGCAGGAGACAAUGCAUCGGUUCCAGCUGUACACUCUCAGCCAGCAGCAGGUUCUCGCUCAUGCUCAGCGGUUACAGAACGGGUCGGUCACCGACAGGUCUCGGACCAACUCUUUCGACAACCCGCCAUUGACAGCCCCUGUUCGACCGGAUCUGAUGUAUGGUUUUGGUUUCCCAAUCCAACACGCCCCGUAUCUCCACCCUGGAUUCACCACUUAUCCUUCGUCUCCGGCAACGUCAGCUCCACAAUCCAACGGGCAGUCAGAAUUUCGAAGGAGGCUUCAUCGAAACACAGCAGCGAAUGACACUGACCAGUCGCCUGGCAGCGGUGCCCUUAGGUCGCAAUCCCAGCCAGCUUCGAGAACGCCGACGUCUGCUUCACAAUCGAUGGCCGCGUAUUCGACGUCCAGUCAGUCUUAUAACGGCGUGGUCUCAUCACUGGCGCGCCAGAUGAACGACAUGUCUAUGCCGGGGUUCACUCCGGACGAGACCGGUGAUUUGGGGUUUGAUGACGCGGCAACAAGGGUUUUGUCUGACUCACCACCCGAGGAUGACGGUCCGCGUUAUAUCGGCUACUAUGUGAACGACUACGCAAACCGAAGCCGGCCAGCGAACGGGCUCCCCAGCAAUGGCGGGGCACCCGUUGAACCAAGCCAGGCCAGCCGGGGAGGGGCACGCCGUCGGUUGUCGACUGAUCAACUGCCACAGUCUGUACUUGAUCGGAGAAUGAAGCGGACGUCGCGUUCGCCGUCGCCCUUGGGACAUACUAGGACUGUGUCCAUGGGCAUGAAUUCAGCCCCGCUCAUCUCGGCACCCUUCCCUCAAAGUAAUGGCAAGCUCCCUUCGAAACCUCUAAUCGUCAACGGAACCGCCUCUAAAGCGGCGCCAACCGUUGGCCCUUGCAACCCAACAGCCGGGGCCGAGCCGCUCGAUCUGAAUGACACCAAUCACGACAACCCUUUGCAUAUUCACCAGGGUAGGAGCCCCGACAACUCUUGGCCAGAACAGCAAGCCACCCCGUCACCCAGCAGUGCUGAACCGGUCACAACCCCCGCUCCGCAGCGGCCAGUGAUCGUGAACGGCUCAUCAACAAAUCGCUCUCCAUCUGCCAUGUCGAAUCUCCUAGAUGCAUCCUUUCAGCAGCGGGUUGCCUUGGGAGCUGGUCUUCACCUCCCUUACUCGGCGGUAGUGAGCGACUCGAGCGGCUUGGCAGGAUUCUCGAAAAUCCACAGCCGACAACAACUGGCGCCCCUGGAUCUUGCCACGGAGAACUAUGCGGUUCAACGGGAGUUGCCGCAUCUCUCGCCCGUUUACGAGCACCGGACACCAUCACCGACAGUUGCACGAAAGUUUGAACCGUCGCCUGUUGCUCAGUCGCAAGGGCCAGCAUCAACGAAGGAGCUUCGCCCCGAGCACUCUAAGCCCUCUCAGAGGGCAACGGCGAGCAGGCAAGUGAACGGUUCCUCGUCGGCAAGGCCGCAGCAGGACCCCCCCGCGACCCGCUCCCCCAUUCAGGAUCAGAGGAUCAACGGACUCGCGCGAGAAAACGGACAUGUGCGGGCCGCGAAGAGCCAGACGGAGAGUUUCGGCGGCUGGCAAAAGUCGAAGUCACGGAAAAAGGCCGCGGCGGAUUUGAAGCACGCUGCCGCCAACGGUUUCCCGCAGAGCGAGCAGCCGCCUAAGAAUGAUGCGGACCGCAAGGGUGGCUGA